GGAGCCUUGUGUCCAGGACUGAGGCCAGCUUCCCUUCCUGGUUGGCUCUCUCUCUGCCUUGGGCUCCUGGGUGCUGCAGCUGCCAUGGGCAUACUUUGCCAAAGCCAGGGCCUGCUCUGCCUGCUGGCUCUCUCCACCUGGACCAUCUCUCCAGUCUCGGAGGGCCGCCAAGCGAUGGACUGCUGUGUGCGGACCAGCCCUAUCCCCAUCCCGGCCAAGAUUGUCCGCUCCUAUCGCGAUCAACAUGCCGAAGAAGGGUGCUUCCUCCGCGCCGUGGUCUUCACCACCUUCAGAAGGAAGCACCUCUGCGCCCCACCGGAUGCCUGGUGGGUGGACGACCUGAAAGCCAAGCUGGACCAAAGGAAGGCCCGCCAGAGAGCAGCCUGGACUUCCUACAGCCAUCGGCUAGCCUCGAUGAAGGACCACCAAUAAAGAGCUGGCUUCAUAAAAUGCCUGUCUUUCCCCAAAGUGGGUGCUUGACCUGGUCCGGCCAGGUGACUCCUCACUGCUUGACCACUGCAAAUGCUUCCUGUGCCUUCUUCUGCAUUGGCAAAUGCCCAACCGAGCUUGGCUGAGCCAGAUCCCCCCACCGUUGGAUCUGUAAAAUAAAAUUUUUCAGUAGACAAUGUCACAUUGUCAAAGAAAUGAUCCGCAAUGAACAGAUCACAGAUUUCUUGGAUUCCACUUUGGUUUGGUUUGGGGGUUUUCUACUACAACUGCAAGGCCCAGCAUUCAAACCAAGGACCAAAAAGCAAGAGUUUAAUAGAUGUGCUGUUACUCUUAUUGAACUUUUGGGAGUCAGGAAAUUCUAAUUCAGCAACUAUGAACCAUUCAGUCUCCAGCAGACUCCAACUGGCCUUCUUCUUCUUGUAACUGAGGAUGAAUAACAACAAUAAUAAAGCUUAUUAAUAACACCACAGAGCAGAACAUCAAACAUAUAUAAAGGCAAGAAAAAUUACACUAUAAAAUAUAUAGUUGAUAUCGAGCACAAAUUUGGAGGGCCCUGAAGACAGAGACCAGACAGACAAACCAAAGAGGAUCCAUUACCCUGGUGAGAAAGAAACACGCAAAAAUAAUUUUUCCCUGAUUUUUCCCAAAUAAAUCUCACCAAAGUUGAAGAAAAUGCCACCAAGUUGUUUAUUUCACUCCAGCUGGAGCAGAUGUCAAACUGCAAUCAUUUGCUAAAGCCGACAUGACAUGCAGGGCAAAAUAACAUGGUUUUAUAGAGAAUACAAAGCUGUCAAAUUCAAAUUUCCCGCUCCCAUCCCCCCCCCUUUGCCGGCUUCCUGCAGAUUGGAUGGAGUCAUCAACUGGCUGUGAGGUGCAACCGGCUUAGCCAUGCCUUAGCCAAUCAGGAAGCCAGCGCCGCUUCGGCCUCUUGGCCAAUGGGAAAGGAGGCGGCGGUCCAGGCGGGAAACAAUGAAC